AAGAGACUUCAUAUCCCGUGAUGCUUAGCGGUUUGAAUGGUUACAGGGCAGCGUCCACGGAAAGUUAUUUUAAUUAGAGUUUUUAAAGAAAUGCAUCGAUAGCGCUAGUGAUGGAGCAGCACGAAUAACCUCUGCUUCGUCUCAGGACAAAGACUUCGUACGCCUCGAGAGUCUAACAAAGAAGAAUUCCGGGGUUAAAAGUUGAGUUCAGAAGUCAGGAGAGAGUUGGCGAAGGAGUUGAGGAGUUUGGAAAUGGAUAAAAGCCGAAAUGGCCAACACGCGCAAUCUCUAUCUUCACAGUUCAUGGAAUCCACAUACAGAACCCUGACUUUAUUCAGGAAGAAGGCGAAACAGCGGCAGUUAGACAAGCUGGAGGCGAAGGAGGCCUGUGACUGGCUCAGAGCAGCAGGGUUUCCUCAGUAUGCUCAGCUAUAUGAAGCCUCUCUGUUCCCCAUUGAGAUCUCUGCUGUGACGAGAGACCAUGAGUUUCUGGAUCACGACUCUCUCAAGGCAUUAUGCAGGAGGCUAACGACCCUGAACAAAUGUGCUGCGAUGAGCUUAGAGGUUCAUUUCCAGUGUAAACAGCAGAGUGAGGACUCGGAGGAGGAUGACUCGUGUGCCCUAAGCUCCCGCUGGGCAUUUCAGCGUGAGAGUAAAACUUGGUCCCGUCUCUGCACUCUCUCACCGUCCCCUGUCCCCCCUGGAAACCUGGCCUCAACCUUCCGACCCUCAGGCAGUAGUGACAGCGUGCUGAGUGACAUUAGUCUCCUAGAAGUCACCUCGCUGACCUCCGACCUCAGUGCUAGCAGUUUGAGCUUAGACAGUGCACGGCAAACUACUUCUCCAGAGGUUGCAGCUUUUAGCGACAUCACAGUGGGUGAGGGUGCAUCGCUAGUUUGCGUCUCAACAGGCCAAGAUGAAAAGGAUGACACCGGAUCCUCCUCAUCUUUGCCGUCUGUAAGAGAGAAGCCGAAGCGUCGAUCUAGAUCUUUUUUAAGGAGGAAGGAAUCAGUAAAGAAGCGGGAUUGUGAGAGAGCGACCGUUCCUAAGAAAAUUUCAAAGGCAACCCAACACCAGCCACCCUCUGGUCUGCACUGUACAUCCAAUUCAAGUUUGCCUGGUCAAACCACUAAAAUUAAGGGCAGAAUUGCCAAAGAUGUGGCAUGGAAGUCACAUACGAUAUGCCGCAGUAUCAUUAGCCAGGAACGCACUCAAGAGCCAGUGCACAAGCCUCAAAGAUCAUGCCUUUACCUGGAAGACUACCAGUUACCCAAUCAAGUCAACCGUCAGAGGAAAGAGGAUCGUUUGGUCCACCUGCCCUUUGACCACAAGCCUGGAACUUUCCCCAAGUCUCUCUCAAUAGAAAGUCUCUGUCCGCUCUCGGUUUCUCAAAGUCCUGACCAUGUUGACUGGGCAGGAGAUGAUGGAGACCUGUCUUUGGAUGGAAGUGUUACUCGCAGUGUGUCGCAAGAUUUUCUCUCAGGUUUUGGGAGGAGAAGCUCAAUUGGAAGCAUUUACGAUAAUGUCCCAGAGACACCAGGCAAUCCAUGUGACAUCUUUGACCCUGGAAAAGAGAAAGUUUUCAAGCAUCUAGAUGACAUUCUACAGCAUGUACAUGGGCUACAGCAAAACAUUGAUGAAUGGUCGCGCUCACUCGGCAUUCAAACACAAGACCAAUCGAAUGUGGAGACCGAAUCCACAGCGGACACAACUUUGCCCAGUAGUCUGAACUAUGAUGAGCAAUCAAUGUCUGAUGUUGGGACAACAGUGAGCGAUUAUGAUAGUCCAGGAAACUCUGUCAAUGAAGGAGAAGAAGGAGAAAUGAGAGAGAGGAGGGACUCAGGGGUGGGGGCAUCACUCACAAGACCCAGCAGAAAGUUGCGCUGGCACAGUUUCCAGAACUCUCAUCGUCCGAGCUUGACCUCAGCAUCAUUAGAAAUCAACAGGCAGUCAGCUGCCCAACUCAACCUGCUGCAGAAAUUCAGCCUUUUACGACUGACCGCCAUCCUGGAGAAACACACAGACACCGGCAAACACGGCUGGAAUUGGGUGGUCCCAAAAUUUAUGAAGCGCUCCAAAGUUCCAGAUUACAAAGAUAAACAUGUGUUCGGAGUUCCGCCAAGCGUAAACGUCCAGCGGACUGGUCAGCCUCUGCCUCAGAGCAUCCAGGAGGCCAUGAGAUACCUACGCAGCCAGUGUCUAGAAAAGGUGGGAAUAUUCCGGAAAUCAGGGGUUAAAUCCCGAAUCCAGGCCCUCAGGCAGCUCAAUGAGAAUUCCCCCGAUCAUGUGACCUACCAGGGCCAAUCAGCCUAUGAUGUGGCUGACCUGAUUAAACAGUACUUUAGGGAUCUGCCUGAACCCGUGCUCACCUCCAAACUUACAGACACCUUUCUGCAUGCGUACCAGUUCGUUCCAGCGGAGCAGCGUUUACAGGCCGUGCAAGCAGCUGUGAUUCUGCUGCCAGAUGAGAACAGAGAGGUUCUACAGACGUUGCUCUAUUUCCUCAGCGACAUUGCAUCUGCACAGGAAAACCAAAUGACUGCGGAGAAUCUGGCAGUCUGUCUCGCACCCUCCAUACUGCACCUGAAUGCCUCCAAGAAAGAUGGCGCUUCACCAAGGCUUAUUAGCAGGAAGGGAGGAGUCAAGCCAGACCACAAGGACCUGACUGAGAACAUGGCUGCCACACACUGUCUUAGUCACAUGAUCACUGAAUGCAAGAAACUAUUCCAGAUCCCGCAUGAAAUGAUGCUUCAGUCUAGGAAUUCUUAUGUGGCUGCUGACGCUCAGCCGCUGCCUCUGCAUGGGCUUGGGGUGAAUGCCCUCGGCGAGCCCGUGGAUUACCGGGUAUACCUAGAAGACAACAUUCAGGGUCUUCUCAGAGAGGCGUCUGAGCGCAGUAAAGGCUGGCACCAUGCCCACGGCCCCGACAACACUGAGCUGACUUAUAAAAAGGUAGGAGACGGGCACCCGAUGCGUUUAUGGCGCGUUUCGGUGGAGAUCGAGGCUCCGCCAGCUGUGGUGCUGCAGCGUGUUCUGCGAGAGCGCCACCUGUGGGAUGAAGACCUUCUUCACAGUCGAGUCAUUGAGACUCUGGAAAACAACACAGAGGUUUUCCAUUACAUCACAGACAGCAUGGCUCCACAUCCUCGCAGAAACUUCAUAGUGCUCAGACGUUGGUGUAGUGAUCUUCCAAAAGGAGUGUGUGUUCUUGUGUCUUCCUCUGUGGAUCAUGAUAACGUCCAGCUGGAGGGAGGACUACGGGCUGUGCUCUUGACAUCACGCAUCUUUAUUGAGCCAUGUGGAAUGGGGCGGUCUCGGCUCACACACUAUUGCAGAGCUGACCUACGGGGGCGCUCUCCUGAUUGGUAUAAUAAAGUGUUCGGCCAUCUGUGCGCAAUGGAGGUUGCCAAAAUACGCAGUUCUUUCCCUGUUCUGAGAGCACAAGGACCGGAGACCAAACUCUGAACCCAACGGGGUUAAAUCUUAAGACUGUCGUGUAUGAGAAAGAAUGAGAACUGUGAGAGCACUGCUGUGAAUCCAGGGUGACCGUGGAAGUCAGAAGAUGGAAAAGUAAGAUUAGUAGAGAAGGUUUUAAACCGCUUGGUUAACGGGUUUGGGAAUUAAUGAGAAAGAAGACAGUACUGUGUAGAGAAGUAGUUGGACUAUGCAAAAA